AUGGCGUUCGCUGCGCGGAGGAGCCUCGCCUCCCGCUUCUCCCACCACCUCACCCGCCGCCUCCACCCAUCCGUCCCGCAUCUGCUCUCCCGCUCCAACGACGAUGACCCCCCAUCUCAGCCACUGCCACCGCCACUGCCACUCCCGUCACUCCGCUCCCCGCUCCCACCCGCUUCCAGAGCGGCCCAAGCCCUACACCACCUCUUCCCCUUCUCCCUCCACCACUCGGGGCUACCCCGCCGUAGCUUCUCCUCCUCCGCCCCUGCCCCGGACCCACCCGGAGAGGUUGAUGCUGCUGCGAGCGUCCUUGUCGACGCCGUGGCUUCGUCGGCGCCAGCGCCGUUCCCGGGGGAGGUGGCAGCCGCCGCCGCCGACUCCUUCUUCCCCUUCGCCGCGCUGCAGCACCUCAUUGAUACCAUACAUACCUUCACCGGGCUCAACUGGUGGGCUUCUAUCGCGUUAACGACGGUGCUGAUCCGGACCGCGGUGAUACCAUUCGCGGUUAGCCAGCAGAAGUCCAGCGAGAUGAUACAGGCAAUGCAACCAGAGAUGGAUGCCAUUAGGGGUGCAGUGGAUCGUACGGAUCCGAAAUCAGUGCUAGAGGGGAAAUAUAAAAUGACCGCACUCUUUCGGAACUAUGGUGUUACUCCAUAUGCUCCAUUAAAAGGACUCAUAAUCCGAUCGCCAAUGUUCAUGAUCUUUUUCUUUGCUAUAAAUAACAUGGUUGAGAAAGUCCCUUCGUUGAAAGGAGGUGGAGUAUUUUGGUUUACUGAUCUGACAACCCCGGAUCCUCUUUACAUCCUCCCUGUGUUAACAUCACUGACCUUCUUGGCUACAGUGGAGCUCAACUUGCAGUGUGGAAUAGUGGGCCAUCCUUCUGUUGCCAGUAUUAUGAAGAUGUUUAAUAGAGGAGUGGGACUCAUGAUAGUCCCAUUCACAAUGAAUUUUGCCAAGGGAUUUUUCUUUUACUGGAUCACGGCAAACUUGUUCACACUUGUAUAUGGUAUUGUUAUGCGUCGACCCGCUGUGAGGAAGUUGUUUAAUUUUCCUGCUUUGGAAGCUCAGUCUGCACCUGCACUGAAUUCAGCCUUGGAUAUGUUUGGUGGAUCCAAGGCAGUACCUUCAGCAAAGCCAUCUUUAUCACUCACGGAAUUGGAGGAAAUAAGACACGAACUAGCAUACAUGGCCGCCCAGCCCAGAGGAUCGCCGGAGUGGAGGAAAUUGAUGGCACUCUAUAAGCAUUGUUCUUCGGGUAUUGCUGAUGCUGCAGCUCUUGGGUAUCGGGCAAAAAAAAUUGAAAAGAAGGAGAAAUCUAGAGGCAAAUCUCGAAAGGGCAGGUAA